UCAGAUAGCGACAGAUCUACGGCUGUCGCGCUCCGCAUAGCUCCCAUGGUGAAGGCAAGAGAGUUGGUGGAGGAGCAAAAGGCGGCGAUGGAGGAAGAGGAAGUGCUGAAUGCAGAGGUGGUGGAGGAGCAGGAGGGGCCCGAGGAAGCGGCUAACAGCAGCAGCAGCAGCAGCAAAAAGAAAAAGAUAGUUCCGGGUAUUGUGUACUUGGGCCACGUCCCGCCGCGAUUCCGGCCCCUGCACGUACGCAACCUGCUCAGCGCCUACGGCGAGGUGGGACGCGUUUUCUUCCAGGCCGAGGACCGCUUUGUGAAACGCAAAAAGAAGGCAGCCGCGGCCGCAGGAGGAAAGAAGGGAGCUAAAUAUAGCAAGGACUAUACGGAAGGCUGGGUGGAGUUCCGAGACAAGCGCAUAGCCAAGCGAGUGGCAGCCAGUCUACAUAAUACGCCCAUGGGCGCCCGAAAGCUCAGUCCCUUCCGUUAUGACCUGUGGAACCUCAAGUAUUUGCAUCGUUUUACUUGGUCCCACCUCAGUGAACACCUUGCUUUUGAGCGCCAGGUACGAAGGCAACGCCUGAGAGCAGAAGUCGCCCAAGCAAAGCGAGAGACUGACUUCUAUCUUCGAAAUGUAGAACAGGGACAACGCUUCCUUGCAGCUGAUGGGGAUGCUACUCGACCAAAUAGCUCCUGGACAUUUACUCAGCGUCCUACUGAGCAGGAGCUGAGGGACCGGAAAGCAGCACGGCCAGGAGGGCGGGAACGAGCUCAGCUGGCUACCAUCCAGGACCAGGCCCGAUCCAACCGAGGGCUCCUUGCCAGGAUCUUUGGAGCCCCUCUACCUGCAGAGAGCAAGGAAGAACCAUAGCCAGUAAGGGACUUCUGAUGGAAGAAGAAACCAGUUCUGCCCCCUUCUGAUCUGUCUCCUGCACAGUGUAACCAUCUAGGCAGAUGUUUUCUCUAUUCCACAAACCAAGAGUCUGGUAAAAGGCCUUUUUUGUUGGUGUCUUUUACCUACUUUGACCAAAUCCUGUAAGUGCCAGACUGAGAACCUUACUCGUCCUAUCCAGGAUAAAGACCACUGUAGGUGCCUUUUGCAUUUUGUUUGAUUUCUGAUUGCCUGCCUCUUUCUCAGUGGGCACCUGAUAGUUUCUGGCUGGAAGAGUGGACUUACCUUCCAUUAGGGUAGUGGUCUGUGGUGUUUGUUCACUGUGGUGGGGGGCUGACUUAACAGGAAUUGGAUUAGUGGUCCAAUUUGAGGUUUAUAUUUGAAAGUAAAAAAUAAUUUAUUUUUAUAUGUUUUUUAGUUUUUCAUUCAGUAAGUUUCAACUUCUUUUGAAGCCACACAUGCCUCUCAAGUUACUUUAGCACAGGUAUGAUUCUUCUCCACCCAUGAAACUCAGUUACUCGAGAGAUACACUCCCAAUGCUCCUGUAUUAGUCAGGGUUCUCUAGAAUCACAGAACUUAUGGGUAGUCUCUACGUAGUAAGGGAAUGUGUUGAUGACUUACAGUCUGUAGUCCAACUCCCCAUCAAUGGUCAGCAGUAGCCGUGAAUGUAAGUCCAAGGCCCUAGCAGUUGCUCAGUCCCACAAGGCAAGCAGGCGAAGAAGAGUCUUCCUUUUUCCAGUGUCCUUAUGUAGAUCUCCAGCAGAAGGCAUGGCCCAGAUUAAAGAUGUGUACCACCA